UGGUGGCAGGGAGGUCGAGGAAGGAAGGAAGCGGAGCAGCUUUGUUGAACAAGGACGUUUCUCUCUCUCUCUCUCAUUCUCCGUGUGGAGUGUGGGAUUGUAUGGAAGGGAGCGCCGGGCUCUUGAAGGAAGACGAAAUAUAAGGGAAGGGGGAGGAGGAGGAGGGCAAAAUAAAACCAAGGGAGCAAUAACUGGAUACAAGAAAAGCCCAAAGCGGCGGAGAGUUGGACUGCGGCACACGGAGAGUGAUUGAGAAGGCUGCGGGUUGCGAAGUCUUGCAUAUUCGGACAGCCUUUCGAAGGGGAAAGAGUUCAAGAGCGUGAGGCAAAGCAGAAGAGCCGACACCCCCAUCCGAAUGGCAGCUUGCGAGAUGACCCUGGUGCACCAUCCGCCGCCGAGAGGGAGCUGCACACAGUGAACGGCCGCCGCCUUCCUUCACCGGAACACAGGGAGGAGAAGGUGGAGAUGCGAAUGGAGCUCAGUCGCAUCAGGGGUUGAGCGGAGGACGUCGUUUGUGCCUGCUCGGUGCAUGCACAGGGCUGUCUAAACGUUUCUAGAGCCAAGCUCUCGACCCAACAGGAGCUUAUCUUCCAGCAAGAGUGCUCUGUGGUGUUUCUCAUCUGUCUCAAAACUAUUUGACUUCAGUUGCCAAGGAAUUGAUUUGGUCAUUUGGCAGUGACCUUUCUGCAUGAUUAUUUCAAUCAUUUGGGAUUCAGUCAUUUAAUGCUGAGUGCGAAGUUCUAACGGAAUGUCAAGUGGGAGCAGUUCCUGUGCUUGGCCAAGAACCCUUAGUUAUACUUGCCCAACUGGACUUCACACAAUGGUCAUGUGGAUCCAUUGGUUCCUCAUCAUGCUCGUCAAUUCAGCUGCAGUAACUGCCUUUAACCGAGCUCCUGUCCCAAUGGCUGUGGUGAGAAGGGAGCUGUCCUGUGAGAGUUAUCCAAUUGAACUUCGCUGUCCUGGAACCGAUGUUAUUAUGAUUGAAAGUGCUAAUUAUGGAAGAACUGAUGAUAAAAUCUGCGAUGCAGAUCAAGCCCAGAUGGAAAACAUUCAAUGCUUCUUACCAGAUGCCUAUAAGAUAAUGUCACAGAGGUGUAAUAAUCGAACCCAAUGUGCCGUUGUUGCUGGACCUGAUGUGUUUCCAGAUCCGUGCCCAGGGACAUACAAGUAUUUGGAAGUUCAGUAUGAGUGUGUUCCUUACAUUUUCUUAUGCCCUGGAACACUUAAAGCUGUUUAUCAAAUGGACCACUUGUUUGAAUCUGAUCACCAAUCAGGAGCCUGGUGCAAAGACCCACUUCAAGCUUCAGACAAGAUCUACUACAUGCCGUGGACUCCGUACAGAACGGAUACAUUAACUGAAUACUCUUCAAUGGGGGAUUUCAUUGCAGGGCGACCAACCAUCACCUACAAACUUCCUCACCGAGUGGAUGGAACCGGCUUUGUAGUAUAUGAUGGAGCACUGUUCUUUAAUAAAGAACGAACAAGAAAUAUUGUGAAGUUCGAUCUCAGGACUAGGAUCAAAAGUGGGGAGGCCAUCAUAGCCAGUGCCAAUUACCACGACACAUCACCAUAUCGGUGGGGAGGGAAGUCUGAUAUUGAUUUGGCAGUGGAUGAGAAUGGACUAUGGGUUAUCUAUGCAACAGAGCAGAACAAUGGCAAAAUAGUAAUUAGCCAAUUAAAUCCUUACACAUUGAGGAUUGAAGGAACCUGGAAUACUGCUUAUGAUAAGAGAUCAGCUUCAAAUGCUUUCAUGAUUUGUGGCGUCCUCUAUGUGGUGAAAUCAGUAUAUGAAGAUGAUGACAAUGAAGCCACUGGGAAUAAGAUAGACUACAUCUAUAACACUGAGCUGAGUAUGGAUGGCAAUAUUGAAGUAUUAUUCCCAAACUCCUACCAGUAUAUUGCAGCAGUGGAUUAUAACCCGAGAGACCACAAACUCUAUGUGUGGAACAAUUAUCAUGUCCUGAAGUAUUCGCUGGAGUUUGGUCCACUCAAUGAAAAAGAAACAACAUCUUCAUCGUUUGUCAAGGAAACGACCAAAAUCUCCAACGUUGCGAUGACUACGACCACAACCACGCCCGUUUCAAGGAGGAGUGUUAAGGCAACACUGACGCCUGCACCAGAGAUUCCAUCAUUAUUUCACAGGACCAGUGCAAAGACACCAAUAGCAUCCCGCCUCCCUCCUGAGGCCGCAGAGUGCUGCGAAGCCACAGACAAACGUGAUAUAUCUUGGCCCAGAACCCAGCCCGGGGAGACAGCUAAAAGACCUUGUCCUCUAGGAACAGUGGGUGUAGCCACCUAUACAUGUUUGUCGCCUGAAGGAUACUGGGAUCCCUUGGGUCCAGACCUGAGUAACUGCAGCUCCCCGUGGAUAAACCUGCUGUCUCAGAAGGUUCGAUCUGGCGAGACUGCUGACAAUAUUGCUCGGGAGCUUGCAGAACAGACAAAACACCUGAUUCAUGCUGGGGAUAUUUUGUUCUCAGUAAAGCUCAUGGAACAAUUAGUGGAUCUACUAAACCGGCAACUCCGUAACCUCACUCCGGGUGGAAAAGACAAUGCUGCUCGGAGCCUUAACAAGCUUCAGAGACGAGAGCAAUCUUGCAGAGCCUACGUUAAGGCCAUGGUAGCGACAGUCAACAACCUCCUGCAACCACAAGCUCUGGAUGCUUGGAAAGACCUGAUGACCAAUGAUCAGCUGCGAGCAGCCACCAUGUUACUUGACACUGUGGAGCAGGGAGCCUUUGUCCUCGCUGACAACUUACUCAAGACAGACAUAGUGCGAGAAAACACAGAAAAUAUAUUGUUGGAGGUUGCCCGAUUGAGCACUGACGGAUCAUUAGAAGAUUUACAAUUUCCACAAAAUGGACUAAAUGGGAAUUCCAUCCAGCUUUCUGCAAGUACUCUGAAAAAGAAUGGCCGCAAUGGUGAAAUAAGAUUGGUUUUCGUCCUCUACAAUAAUCUGGGAAGUUACCUUUCUACAGAGAAUGCCAGCUUCAAACAAGGAAGUGAAGCGAUGUCAACCAACCACACGGUUAUAGUCAAUUCUCAGGUCAUCUCUGCAGCAAUAAACAAGGAAAGCAAUCGGAUCUAUUUGGCGGCACCUGUCAUUUUCACCUUAAAACACAUUGAUCUCCAAAACAAUUUUAAUCCAAACUGUUCUUUCUGGAGCUACUCUAAACGGACAAUGACAGGGUACUGGUCCACACAAGGCUGCAGAAUGUUGGGAUCGAACAGAACUCACACCACGUGCUCCUGCAAUCAUCUGACAAACUUCGCUGUCCUCAUGGCACACAAAGACGUAAAGUUUAGUGACCCUGUGCAUGAACUGCUGCUGGAGGUUAUUACCUGGGUUGGUAUCCUGAUAUCCCUCGUCUGCCUGCUGAUCUGCAUCUUCACCUUUUGUUUUUUCCACGGACUUCAGAGUGACCGAAACACUAUUCACAAAAACCUCUGCAUCAGUCUCUUUGUGGCUGAGCUCCUUUUCCUAAUUGGAAUCAAUCGUACAGACCAACCGAUUGCCUGUGCUGUUUUUGCAGCUUUGCUUCACUUCUUCUUCCUGGCUGCGUUCACUUGGAUGUUUUUGGAAGGUGUUCAGCUCUACAUUAUGUUGGUGGAGGUCUUUGAAAGUGAGCACUCCCGCAGAAAAUACUUUUACCUGGUUGGCUAUGGGGUACCAGCUCUCAUUGUCGCCGUUUCAGCUGCUGUGGAUUACCGGAGCUACGGGACGACAACAGCAUGUUGGUUAAGGCUAGACACAUACUUCAUCUGGAGCUUUAUAGGCCCUGCCACCUUGAUUAUUAUGUUGAACGUGAUAUUUCUUGGGAUUGCUCUUUACAAGAUGUUCCAUCACACAACUGUGCUGAAACCAGAAUCUAGCUGUUUAGACAAUAUCAACUGUGAGGAUAACAGACCCUUCAUCAAAUCAUGGGUCAUUGGUGCCAUAGCUCUCCUUUGUCUUCUUGGACUCACGUGGGCUUUCGGACUUAUGUUCAUUAAUGAAAGCACUGUUAUCAUGGCAUAUCUCUUCACCAUUUUCAACUCACUUCAGGGAAUGUUUAUAUUCAUUUUCCACUGUGUUCUACAGAAGAAGGUGAGGAAAGAAUAUGGCAAAUGCUUCCGUACCCAGUGCUGCAGUCGGAAAAGCACAGACAGUUCUAUUGGGUCAGCAAAGACAUCCGGUGCUCGAACUCCCGGUCGAUACUCUACAGGCUCUCAAAGCCGGAUUAGAAGGAUGUGGAAUGAUACGGUUCGAAAGCAGUCCGAAUCUUCCUUCAUCACAGGAGAUAUCAACAGUUCAGCAUCAUUGAAUAGAGGGGCUAUGGCUAAUCAUCUAAUAACCAAUGCUCUGCUUCGUCCUCAUGGUACUAACAAUCCCUAUAACACAUUGCUUGGGGAAUCUGCAGUCUAUAACAACCCCUCAGUCAGCAUGUACAACACGCAAGAGGUGUUGCUGAACAAUGCCAGGGAUACAACUGUCAUGGAUACUCUACCACUGAAUGGUAACCAUGGCAACAGCUACAGCAUUGCCAGUGGGGAAUACCUGAGUGAUUGCGUGCAAAUUAUCGACCGUGGUUACAACCACAAUGAGACAGCCUUAGAGAAAAAGAUUCUGAAAGAACUCACUUCCAACUACAUCCCUUCCUAUCUGAACAAUCACGAGCGUGCCAAUGAGCAGAACAGGAAUCUCAUGAACAAACUAGUGAACAACAUUGGGAAUGGUAGUGAGGAUGACGCAAUUGUUCUUGAUGACGCAACUUCGUUUAACCACGACGAAAGCCUUGGACUGGAACUUAUCAGAGAGGAGUCAGAUGCUCCUCUGUUGCCACAAAGGGCACAUUCAGUAGAAAGCCAUCAGGCCCAGCAUUAUCCCUGCAGGAGGCGGAUCCCUCAAGAUCAUAGUGAGAGCUUUUUUCCUUUGUUAACCAAUGAGCACACGCAAGAACUGCAGUCACCUAACAGGGAUUCUCUGUAUACCAGCAUGCCUGCUUUGGCAGGAGUGCCCGUGACAGAUGGUAGUGCCCCUCAGACCCAAAGUGCUGCUCCACCAACCAAAAGUAGUGAUGGUGAUGAUGUGUAUUAUAAAAGUAUGCCGAAUCUGGGCUCCAAGAACCAUGAACAGCAACUUCUCAAUUAUUACCAGCUAGGACGUGGAAGUAGUGAUGGAUUUAUAGUUCCUCCCAAUAAAGAAGGCUCCUCACCCGAAGGGAAUUCAAAGGGUCCAUCACACUUGGUCACCAGUCUAUAGGGGAAAAGACUAACCCUGGAUACCUGGCUCUGGUUUUUCAGAAGCAAGUGAAAAGAUCUGUGUAUGCUUGAAUCUAAAUGCUGUUCAUAUACUGCUGAACUACUUCGAGAUGUUUUUAUUCAGACCAACCUAGCAAGGCACUGCAGGGGAAGCAGAUGAUAAAGAAAUAGUCUGUUUUAAGGCAAAAACAAAAUAAAAUAUUAUUGAACUGAUUGAGAAGGGUUGGACAUGUAUAUUGAAAUGGAAUUCGGUUUUGCUUCCUUAAUAAUGCUAAAUUUUUAUCUUUUUUUUCUUGUGUCUAUUUUCUCAAGGACUUCUAACUGAAGCUUGGUGUAGGUCAGUGUCAGCUGAACUGGUGCGAGGCUAUGGAUUGCUUUCUUUUACUCUUUUCUUUUUUUUUAUUAUCACUGUAUAUCAAUUGUGAUUGUCUCUCACAAAUUGCAGUUGCAUUUCACGCAGCUGCAGAACUCCUACAAUCAAAAGGAAAUCUGUUCAAUCUCCAAGAAAAGGAACUAUUCAAACCAUUAUGCUAGACACGUUUAUGUUUUGCUGUAAUAAUUCUGAUUAUAAAACUAAUGAUGAGAAUUUUGAAAAAGUUCAAUGUACAGACACGCAGCAUUGCACAUAUAUUGUAGUAUGCUUUUUCCCUCCAGUUUUAUGUCUUUGUUGAUGUAGUGAACAAGACAGUUUCUGUUGUGCUGGUCUUGCAAGUUUUGCCAGUAGGAACAGUGUUUUUUCAUAAGUCUUUCUGUUGGACUUUUAUUUUUCCUGACAGUUCCUCCGAAGAACACCGUUUAUAAAGCUCAUUUUAUAGUGAGGUGAUCACAAUUACUAAGAAAAGAAGUUUUUUAAAAACUGUUUUAGGUUUUUCUCGCUGUGUAUUUUGAAGUGAAGUCAUGUUUUUUGCCAACAAAACAAAUUAAAAACUUUAGAAUUUACAGCAGGUACAUUUUUGUUUACAAUGCACUAUGUUAUUCAUAAAUGUGUUCAGUAAUGAAAGUCCACAACGGGAGCUAGGCACUCUUUUAGACACCAAGGACUCUUGGUAGAAAAUAGUGGAACUCAUGCAUGUGGAGAAAUAAAAAAGUAGCAACAAUUUUGUGUUAAAUCUAGUCAAAGCACUAGGCACUUGUACCGUGGUGGUAAAAAUAUUGACUUAUUAAAAUGAAAGUUAUUUUGAAAUGAAAAAAGAUGAUUUCUCUAUCUUUUUUUCUUUCCUUCUUUCACAGGGAAUUUAUUUAUUUGGCAUUAAUUAGUUGACAUGAGCAUCCCUUUAGUAAUGACCUUGGCACAAUUUGUCAUUUUUUUUUUAAAGUUAUGAUCCAUUUUUGUAUGGUUUGCAAGUUGAAUGACCUCAUUACUAAUAUUUGUUGUAAAAGUGACUCUUGUCUGCCAACAAAUAAAUCACUGAUUACAGA